AGUUGGGACUUCGCUGUGAAACUUGCCAAGCUGGACGCCACAGUUUUGAACGACUACUCUUUGGCUACUGCUGUGCCCUCUCUUGAGACAACUAAUCAUGCAGUCCUAGCCUGUAGUACAGGCAUUCAAGAAGAGCACUAUGUAAGUGAAGCUGUGGAAAAUGAUGUGUCAGACUACAGGGAAUACCGAGAUGCUGGCACCAUUACCGAUGUGUGCAAUAGUACUGAUCUUCCCGAAGUUGAAAUCAUCAGUCUGCUGGAAGAGCAGCUCCCCCAUUACAAGCUAAGAGCAGAUACCAUCUAUGGUUAUGACCACGACGAUUGGCUUCAUACUCCUCUCAUUUCUCCUGAUGCUAAUAUUGACUUAACAACUGAGCAGAUAGAAGAGACCCUGAAAUAUUUUCUUUUAUGUGCUGAACGAGUGGGCCAGAUGACUAAAACAUACAAUGACAUUGAUGCUGUUACACGUCUUCUUGAAGAGAAAGAGCGGGAUUUAGAAUUAGCUGCUCGAAUUGGCCAGUCAUUGCUAAAGAAGAAUAAAACUCUUACUGAGAGAAAUGAACUUCUUGAAGAACAAGUAGAGCAUAUCAGGGAAGAGGUUUCUCAACUGCGUCAUGAGCUGUCCAUGAAAGAUGAGCUGCUUCAGUUUUAUACCAGUGCUGCUGAAGAGAGUGAGCCAGAAUCCAUCUGUUCAACUCCAUUGAAGAGGAAUGAAUCAUCUUCAUCUGUCCAGAAUUAUUUUCAUUUUGAUUCUCUUCAAAAGAAACUGAAGGAUCUUGAAGAGGAGAAUGUUGUCCUUAGAUCAGAGGCCUGCCAACUGAAGACUGAAACCAUUACUUAUGAAGAGAAAGAACAGCAACUUGUAAAUGAUUGCGUGAAGGAGCUCAGAGAUGCAAAUAUUCAGAUUGCCAGCAUUUCUGAAGAGUUAGCUAAGAAGACUGAAGAUGCUGCCCGACAACAGGAAGAAAUCACCCAUCUUCUCUCUCAGAUAGUGGAUUUGCAGAAAAAGGCAAAAGCUUGUACGGUGGAAAAUGAAGAACUUGCCCAACAUUUGGGAGCAGCUAAAGAUGCCCAAAGGCAGCUCACAGCUGAAUUACGAGAGCUGGAAGAUAAAUAUGCAGAGUGUAUGGAAAUGCUUCAUGAGGCACAAGAAGAACUGAAGAACCUUAGGAACAAGACAAUGCCAAAUGCUAUAUCACGCCGUUACCAUUCAUUAGGCCUUUUUCCAAUGGAUUCCUUAGCUGCGGAAAUUGAAGGAUCAAUGCGAAAAGAGCUGCAUCUGGAUGAUACUGACUGCUCUGACUUAAACCGUCACAAGAGAGUCUUUGACACUGUACGAAACAUCAAUCAGGUGGUAAAGCAGAGAUCCCUAACUCCAUCUCCAAUGAACAUCCCAGGAUCUAACCAGUCUUCCACAAUGAAUUCGGUCAUUUCUAGCUGUGUCAGCACACCACGAUCCAGUUUCUAUGGAGGAGACAUUUCCAAUAUUGUGAUAGACAACAAGACUAAUAGUAUCAUCCUAGAAACUGAAUCCACUGACUCUAGAAAUGAAGAGAAGAACAAGAAACCAGGAACACCAGGAACACCGGGUUCUAGUGACCUGGAAACAGCCCUUCGAAGGUUGUCCCUUCGGAGGGAGAAUUACCUGUCAGAAAGGAGGUUUUUUGAAGAAGAACAGGAAAGAAAGUUGAGAGAAUUAGCAGAGAAGGGUGAACUUCAUAGUGGCUCCAUUACCCCAACAGAGAGUAUUAUGUCGUUUAGAACACACUCUGGGUUUUCUGAAUUUACUGGCUAUUCAGGAAUAUCCAUCAGCAGUCGUUCAUACCUCCCAGAGAAGCUUCAGAUUGUGAAGCCCUUAGAAGGUUCUGCCACGCUGCAUCAUUGGCAACAGCUUGCUCAGCCUCAUCUAGGGGGCAUCUUAGACCCACGGCCUGGGGUCGUCACUAAGGGCUUCCGGACUCUUGACCUUGACCUGGAUGAAGUGUAUUGCCUUAAUGAUUUUGAAGAAGAUGAAUCAGGUGAAAUUACAUACAAAGGCUUAACUACCUCGACACCGAUUCAGCACAUAGAGACCUCAGGUGAGAGGUCUCAGGCACAAGUGACUGUUUCAGACAGCAAGAAUUACCCAAGUCGUUCUCAGGCUUUCCCAGAGGAGAUGCAGGAAUCCGCAACUGACGAUGAUGAGGGGUCUGUACAUCAUCCUGGGAAGUGCAUGUCACAAACCAACUCCACAUUUACCUUCACCACUUGUCGUAUUCUGCACCCUUCCGAUGAGCUCACGCGAGUCACGCCAAGCCUUAAUGCAGCACCUACUCCAGCUUGUAGCAGUGUUGGCAAUUUGAAAGGCACUCCAGUGGCCACCCCAUGUACUCCUCGGCGCCUGAGUUUGGUAGAAUCCUUCACUAAUGUUCGGGAGUCCACAACUACAAUGAGUACAUCCUUAGGACUUGUAUGGCUACUCAAGGAACGUGGGAUAUCAGCAGCAGUGUAUAACCCACAAAGUUGGGACAGAGCUGGCAGGAGCACUCUUCUGAGCACAUAUUCUCCAAGAAUGGCUGCCAUUCCUUCCACUCCUCCAAACUCACCUAUGCAGACACCCUCUUCUUCCCCUCCAUCUUUUGAGUUCAAAUGCUCCAGUCCUCCUUAUGAUAACUUCCUGGCUUCCAAACCAGCCAGUUCAAUUCUGAAGGAAGUAAGGGACAAGAAAAGCAUCAGAAACAGUGAGAGUCAGACUGAUGUGUCUGUCUCGAACCUUAACCUAGUGGACAAAGUAAAAAGGUUUGGAAUUACCAAGGUGGUAAGUUCAGGACAAACUCAAGCUCUUAAAUUAACCGAUGGACAAGGACCUCUUUUCUGUGGAUCACAAAAGUCUGGAAGCCUGGUACCUGAGAGCUUGCCCUUGGGUUGCCCUGCUGUGACAACUGCUGUUGGAGGCAUUCAAUUGAACAGCGGCAUUAGAAGGAAUCGAAGUUUCCCAACAAUGGUUGGUUCGAGCAUGCAGAUGAAAGGUCCAUCAACGCUAACACCUGGAAUCCUAAUGGGAGCAAAACUUCCCAAGCAAACUAGCUUACGAUAAAUGGCUUAAUAUAUGUCAAGCCCUUCCUUCAACCAUUUUUUUAAAAAAAUGUCUUUCAUUUGCUAUUGAGUUUGACAAAUCAACUUUGUGCCUAAUCAGAGAAAGUGUAAAAUUUGUACAGGAUGUAAAUAUGUAUUAGAUGUAUUAUAGGUGAAUCAGGUCACUGUUUUGAACAUUUAACAUGCUAAAUUUUUGAAAGGAUGUUUUGUUUUUUCUUUGCACUGAAAAAAAAGUGAUCCUUGCAUAGGAAAAAAGAAUGAUGAAUUCUCUAGUUAGCCUAACUUGACAUUGAGAUAGGCUCAUCUGGCAAGGAUUAUUGAUCUUGCUGUCAGAAUUGCAGAAUAUCAAGAUGGGUGGUGAUUUCUAUGAAGAGUCUUCAUUUUUCAUGAAGUGUUCAUCAAAGCAGUAGCUUAGCAUUUUGACCAUCUUCUUUCGCCAUUGUAGUAAAGAGGGAAAGUUGUAGUUCAGAGUUCAUAUUCCUAACUGAUUUGAAUAUUUUUCCUUAUGAAAUAAACUUGAAGUAAUGUGUGUUGAGAACCAUUGCUAAGCUUGCUAUGUGCCUCUACUGUUGUGUUGUAGCAUGUUCAUAUUCCAUAUUAUUUUUUUUUAAGCUGCACUGGAUAUGAAAGAAAAUUGUUUAAAUAAAGUUUUGUUGCAGAUACUGAAAAAUCACCCUGACACACACAAAACAAAAGAAAUAGUCUUAGAAUUAUUUUUUGCUUUCAUGAGGUUAAAAACACUAAAACAAAUAAAACACUUCUUUCUUGGGAGUCAAAGUUGUAGAAUGAGUUGAUUGUAGGCCUGUUUAAAAAUCAAAUUUAAAUCUGUAAUACAAUAAUGCCAAAACAGCAAGUGCUAGAAGUUAAGGGGAAUGACAUUUGCAGCACCUUCCCACCUCUCUAGCUUAGGAAGUACUGAAAAAAAUCCAAUUAAUAGUUUUGUAAACAAAAAAUAGAACAUUACAAGUUUAACUGAUGUUGUACUCACCCUAAAUACCAAGGAUAUAGUUACCAAAAAUUAGUGGGUAACAGUUUUAUUUUUUGUCCUAGGAUUUUACUAGGAAGCUCCAGUAUUUGGAAUAUUUCUUUCCUCAAAGGUAAUGGCUCCUUUUGUUAUGUUAACUUAUAGUUGGCUCAGUAAGCCAGAAUCAAACUCUGACUUCUUAUAAUGAUUUGUUAUUUGUCACAGCCUGAAUCAAUAUGUUCUCCAGCAUUUGGAGGAAACAGAAAACUUCUGUUUGACUGAAAAGCAGAAGCUGAUGUUUCUUAUUUUGCUCCUGUAUUAUAAGGGUUUAUGAUCCCAACUCCCAUUCAGAUAAUGCUGAAAGCUUGUGUCCAAGGCAGUCCAGCAUGUAGAAAUUGAAAAGAAAAAAAAGAAAACUUGAAAUGGAAGACAAAAGGAACUCAACAUUCUAGGAGACUCUUUGACCAAGUCUCAUUGAAAUGAAUUGGAGGUGUUGGAUGUUUUUGAAGAAUGCUGCUUUGUUUCUGUGGAGGUUAUAUAGGAAAACUCACAGAAGUGGUUAUGCUUAAGGUCACCUUAGAGUUACCUAGGAGCAAUUGGUAUGUGUAGGUUGUAUGGAAGCCAGUGUUUUGGGGCUUUCUUAAAAACAAAUUCUAUUUAUUUAUUUAAUGUCAGUGCAUCACUCUCCACAUAAUUGCUGUGCUUUUCAGUUGUGCCAGGCUGUUACUUAAAAUAGCACUGUAUUAGAUGAACUGUGGCGUGUGUCUGUACAUACAUACACACACAUAUUUGAUGGAUCAGUUAGUUCAGUACCACUAUGAGCAGUGAGCAUGUUAGGGAAGAAGAAGGAAAGAGGGUAGGCACAUGCCUCCAGUUUUUGCAUGUGUUUUCAGACUUCUAUUUAUUCUACCAACUUUUCAGGCCUUGUCAUUAGUUCUACUUGCCCCUUUGUAUGUGUGCACUUAAUUGAAAAAUUGUGACAUCUUUUUAUCUGGAUAUAUCAUAAGACAACCAAUAAAUUAACAAUUUUGAAUAAGUGAAAAAAAUCAUGAAUGUCUGGAGAACUUUUCAUGUAUCCUGAGCCCAUGAUACCAUUUGUGAAAUAAAAAAGUAAAAAGCAAAUAAUUAAAUCAGGAAGCUUUAUUAUUAUUUGUGGAAUAAAAAGUUUUAAAUGGG